AUGAAAAUCGGUGCGUUCUUUGGAAAUCUCCGACAUAUCCGAACAUACCACAUCCGACAAUUGAGUCAUGUAUCUAACAGUCUGUCGAGUGAGAUAAUAGCAGCUCUUAAAAUUGAUGAUCCCUCUAAAUUUUCUCAUAUUGUCGCGGGGAGUCCCCUGGAUAGAGUUCAGCGGGGGGUUUUGAUCAAAUCUCUUUACCAUCGGAAUGCGUAUGAACAAGUCAUCGAAGUGGGCCGUACGAAUUUGUUCGAUGCAGAAAAUGGGAUUAUGUCUAACGUGUCCACGGAUGAAAUGAAAAAAUAUGCUGGAGCGCUAGCGUUAACGGGUCAGAGCGAAUUGCUGACGCGGUUGGUCUUGAAGCUUGUUGCUCAAUUUUCGUUGAAAAGAAGAGACAUGGUACAACGAGUGAUAAAUUCAAUUGUAACGCAUUUGUCUUCUGGUGAAUUUAUUCGCGAGACGUUAGCUCUGUGGGCGACUGCUAACUGGUAUCUUCACGGACGGGUUGAUUUUUCUAACUACGAUGAGCAAAAGACGUCGUUAAAGACACUGCUAUUUUUUAUUCGAGAAAAGAAGAUAGAUCAGGUUUUCGAGCAAGCGCUAGAUGAUAUCGGCAGCGCUCAAGGAGUGGUCGUGGCUUCACAAAUGGCUACAACAUUACUAUACCUCUGCACAUACAACCGCGAUUUCCCCUUGAGUCUCAAAAUUUGGGCUUACAAAACGACAAGAGGGCUUCCAAUUGUGAGCUCUGAUUUGACCGCAAUACUGAAGGCAAAUUGCCAUUUUGAGAAUUUUUCUGAGGUGAAUCGUCUGCACGAAAAGUUCCCCGAAGCUCACGACGACACUGCCCAGUUUGACUACGUUUUGGUUGCUUUUGCCAAGCAACAGGACUGGAAAAGCCUUCAAAACCAAUUCAAUGCUCUCUUUGGCAUAGGGGAACUACCAAAUAUUCAGCACUAUGGCAUAGUCAUGUAUGCCGUCGCUCAACUGGGUGAGAAAGACAUGGUGGAGAGACUUUUCAAUCAACUCCUCCGAAGAAAACUCAUUCCAACACUUCCCGUCUUGAGAUCCCUGGUGCACGUUUAUUAUCGAAACGGCGACUAUCGAGGCUGUUUCGAACAUUUCGAGCUCUUUAACAAAUUUGGCAUAGAGCCGAGUGGGGGCGUGUGUCAAACAAUGCUCAAAAUGUAUCGAAACUUAGGUGACAUAAACGGUGGUUUGAGAUUUUUCAAGAAAAUGUCCGAGAACAACGUAGAACUUUCUGAGAGACAUUUUGCGACCCUUAUAAAUCUUUGCGCAAAAACCACUAAUACCGCCAUUGCAGCCGAGCUAUUUCAGGUAAUGUGUGACCAUUACCACAUAAGACCGACUGGUCCAUCAAUUGCUGCAUUAAUGCAGGUAUACAUCGAAAGCAACGAGCCUCAAAAAGCUCUAAAAUUAUUCAGAGAGAAACCAAAAGAUCUUCGUGGCGCUUCUCAAUCGAUUUCUAUCUAUAACAAAGCUGUUGAAGCUUAUAUGCGUAUGGGUCGCAGUGAUUUAUGUGAAAAGCUUUUCCAGGAAAUUUUGAGCAAAAAUUUAGUCACCGAUUCAGAGUUUUACAGAGUCAUGCUGAGGCAUCUAGCUUUAGUUAGCAAAGACUACCAAAACGCUGAAAAUGUCCUUGAGCAACUCAUAACACAUCCGAAACUUAAAGUCUCGGCAUUACAUUUUGAAACUUUGAUGGAGGCGUACGACAAGAUAUCUUAUAGAAACGGUGUCUUCAAGCUGUACCAAAAGAUGCUUGACAGUAACGUCCCUGUGACCUCAAAGAUAUUGUAUUUCGUCAUCAAGUCUGCAUUCAAAACUAAGCUAGCGUCAAAAGAAAAUUUAGACGAAGCUAUAGAAAUGGUUAAUGAUAUUAUGAAAAGUGCUGCGACAAGAACGUUGGACGUAACGUUCGAAAAGCUGCAUCCCUCAGUCAUGGCCUGGCCAAUGAGAACUAUCUCUAAAUAUUAUAGUCCUGUCAAGGCUCUAGAGUUAAUGAACAGAUACAAUGAACUCUUUUUCGAGAAAUCUGAUUCAGCAAACGGUAGAUUGGUGAUUAUGAGGAGUUUACUAGUUUUAUAUGGAGAAACUCACCAGUGGGAAGAGUUCGAAGCAACAUUCGAUCGAUAUUUGUCGAAGAUACAGGAUUAUGAGAGGAAGCCGCUUACGAUGGGGAGAAACAUCAAGUUGGCCACAAGCAUGCAAGGCGUUUUGGAGUAUAAGAUCAAACAGCUUGUCGCAACGGACGGUACGUUAUCGAUCCCGCCUUUGCUCAAGAACCUGGAAUCGAAAAAGUUCUUUAUUGAUAACAAGGCUUAUAACGAAGCGGUGGUAAGUAUGGCGUCUGAUGCCAGAACUUUGAACACUGCCCUACAAAUUGCAGAUCAGAAGCUGAUUUUUGGAUAUAACUUAAUUCACAAAUACAGGUUACUGCGCAGGAACGCAGGUACCCAGACGACGACUAGGACAAAGUCUUGGUUCCUGAAAAAGAAAACUGAGGAUCCGUUGUCCCUGAGGCCAACGCUUUACCUUACGUCGGAAACUUUUGAAGUCCUAUCUGAAUCUCUCGACAACUACUUGAACGAAGUCAGUAAUGUUGAAAAUACAUUGCUGCAGCUCUCGACAUCUCAUCGAUACUUUAUGAAAAGUUAUCUCAUGAAACCGAGAACAAAUGUCGCCAAUUGGAUGAACGUAGAAAGACGACAUCCAUUGUUUUUUAGCGAUUUGAGACGGCACAAAAGGAAGGUUGAUAUCAGCUUAUUUUGA